UAAUAAGGAAGUAACACUCUGGCAAGGAGUCAUUCAUAAAUGUCUGUGUAGGAGUCACUCAGGCUUCACGUUAAUCGUUAAUCUUGUGAGAACACAGCAGUUCAUCAAAACACGAGUGGGGUAAAUACUAGGGUCCAAUGCUUCUCCUCAUUCUAAGAUGAAGGUAUGGAAGGUUGCUACCAUUGGCCUGAUUCUCUGUGGUGCUGCACUCCCCCUCCUCCUAUUUAAAUCCACACACUCUUCCAGAGCCCCACCCCUUCCUCCCCACCGCAGAGAUUUAUCCUCAUCUCUAUCAUCAUCAUCAUCAUCAUCAUCCUUAUUUACACCUUCCAACUCCUCGUCCUCCACUGGGUCAGGUGGGCGGCAGCGGAGAGUCAGAUCAGCUGAAGGAGGAAACUCUCUUGUCUCAGAAUUCAUGGAGAUGUUCCAGAGCUUCACAGAGGGCGAGCUGAAGCAGAUAAUUGGGACGCUGGUGGAGAGAAAAGCCCGUAGAGAUGCCCAGCAAAGCAAAAGGACUAAGCGUGCAAAAAAGCGGAUCAAACCGUGCUCGCUUCGGGAAGUGGAAGUGACGGUCAGUCAACUUGGGCUGGGCUAUGUCAGUGACGAGACUAUAGUGUUCCAUUACUGCAGCGGGAAAUGUACCGCUAGCCGCAGAAACUAUGAUCUGACGUUAGCGUUUAUGAAACGCUCGCGGCUGCUCACCAGGGAACAGAGGGAGAAGGCUCGCCACAGCCCCUGCUGUCGGCCCACUGCGUACGAGGAGGACAUCUCCUUCCUCGAUAACUCUAAUCGAUACCACACAAUCCACGAGUUUUCAGCCCAGGAGUGUGGAUGUGUCUGAGCGUCACUGAGAGUCACAAAUCAACAAGGACCCAAAACAUUUAGGAGUCAUAAAAGGACAAGCUUUAAUAUUUUCAAACAGAUUUAAAGGUGAAGUGUGCAAUUUCCGAGCCACAAAAUGGAAUGGCAAAAUUAUUAUCAAAUACUGUUUUCAAACCUGAACACUCCCCUGUCUGUCAUUGGGUGGCAAAACAGAUAUUCCCGUCUCAAACUCCUGCCAUUGGUUGAGCAAAAGUUGCUCCGCUAGGGCUCAGGAUGCUCAAACAAAUAGAGCCACUUUUCAGGGAAUCAUCUCUGCACAUUCAGCUGGGUAAGGAGUAUUUUAUUAUAAAAAAAUGAAAUACUUCACCUUUAAAAGACAAAUUACCUGAAUGUUGAAACAGAAACCUAGCUGCAUCUGGAAGUCUUUCACUUGUGCUUUAGCACAAAGAGCUGAGAGUGUAUCUUUGCCUUCAUGAGAAAUAUUGAGAAACAAAUAUGGAAUUAGGGCUGUCAGAUUCUCCACAGACACUUCAACCAGUCCUGAUGAAGAAAGACUGAAAAAUAUAAUAAGCAAACAGUAAUUUUUAUUCAUGUUCAGUUGUUGCUAAUGAGAUGCUGCUGUAUUGUAUUGUUUAUAUUGCCUUCGUAGGUCUAUUUCAAAUAGCUUGAAAUGUUGGAUGGAUGUUGUGUUGUGUAAGCAUACAAACACAUCAUCAGGACAUCAGUAAACAAAGACAAUACACAAUGUCACACCCAGUCCUAAACAACAAGUAAACAUCCUAAUUCCCCUUUAAAAGGAAGUAACUGAUCCCAGCUGUCCUGAAAGGGUUCAGCUCUGAAUUUCUCACAUUUCAAAAUCAAAUUAUUCCAAAUCAGAUUGCAUACUCAGCCUCUGUUAUAUUGAACAUCUACCUCAGCAUUUAUAGCUUUCCUGAAGAAAGCCUUGUAUUUAACAUUUAAAAAUGAACCUUUACAUAUGUUACAGAUGGGUGAAAAACUGCUAAUAUCGCAAUUCAAAAAUUAUGAAUGAAUGCUUAUGAAAUUUCUAUCAUACCCUAUCAACCCUAAAGGAAUCAAAUAAGAAUCCACAAUGGAAAAAAAAAAAACGUUUUUCCACUGGGAUCUUAUUUGAUCCCUUUAGGAAUGGUUCCAAAUUAUGAUAGAAAUGUUUUGGACAUCAGUUCUUUACGGCACAAAACUACAGUGUCAAGGUUCUCCAUGUCUUCCAGCCAGGUUUUUAUUUAGUGGGAAAUUUGUCUGCUCUUAAAGGGACAGUUCACCCAAAAAUUCUAAUUCUCUCAUCAUUUACUCACCCUCAUGCCAUCCCAGAUGCAUAUGACUUUCUUUCUGCUGCUGAACACAAAUGAACACAAAUAGAAGAAUAUUUCAGC